AUUUGCAGUAGCUUUGCAUGAUGUUACGAUGGUAUAUUGAUCAAGAUCGACUUCGUCCUCGCUGAUAUCCCUUUCAAGUGUAAUGGACAGGAUACUGAUACGAAUACUUGACUCGGUAUAAUAUGCGACCCGAAACGCUCCAGUCUCAGUUUGCCGCAAGUCUGCCGUUUGCUUUACAGUUAUUUAUUCCGGUUUCACCUCAAAAUGCCCUCAAACAUAUCUUCCUCCUUUACAACGCCCAUGGCCCAAACCAAAUCCUCCAUCACACUUUGUAGCAACUGUGGCCACUCGUUUAAUACCCAAGUCUCUUCUCUUCCGCUCGAUGUCGAUGCGUACCUACGAUCUGGAAGACAGAUCAUUCCCAAAAUGGAAGAAGAAGCGUACUCGCAAACCCUCUCAGAACUACGCAAAAAGAUAUACGAGUACAAUUCGCAAAUAUCCAGCUUGAAAUGCAUUGUGGAGAACCUCGAAGCUGGGCGCCAGAUGAUAAGGAAGUCGGUCCGAAAAGUCCGAUCUCUCGUUGCGCCCAUUCGCAGGCUUCCCCCGGAGAUCCUUUCCAUCAUCUUCGAAUGUGUCUGCAUUUCCUUACCGUUCUAUGAUGGUCGCGAUGAGAGGCGAUCCGCAUGCAAAGGACCCUUCCACCUCUCCGCUGUCUGCGCAUAUUGGCGGGACAUAUGUCUAUCUUCACCUCAACUUUGGACGUCCAUAUUCGCCAACGCCGACAACUCAGACCUAUUGCCGCGCUUUAAAAACCUUUCAAAAUUGGUCGAAGAGCGUUCAUACCAGCUCCCAUUAUCCCUUGAUGUAUCGGCACGGUACUCACCCCCGCACCUAUAUCUUAACAUUCCGCGAAGCCGCUAUCACUGCUUGGAUUCGUUGUUCUACGGCGACAGCGCAAUUAGUUUGUGCCGCCUGAAGAACAUCUCCCUAGAUUUGAAUUUCAAGUUCGAUAACAUAGCGCUAGAAGAUAGCCGCAUUGAAUUCCCAGAACUGGAACAUCUGGAACUCUCCGGAUGUUUUGAAGCCUUCCCCGACGAGGUGGUCAUCGGUCUAUUUUCGCAUGUUCCGAAAUUGCAUACUCUAUCUUUGGGAAGUUUCUCCCAUAUCAUACAUUUACGCUUGCCGGACGAACAGAUCACGACGAUCCACUAUUCCGGUUAUCGAUCGCGGAAUAUCGACGCUUUGCAGUGCCAUAAGAGGUUUCCCAAUGUUACCACAGCUACGUUUCAUCAUUGCAAUCUGGAUUUACUCAACACAAGCGACCUUCCCUUCCGAAAGCUACUUCUCCAAGAUGUGCUACUAGACAAUAUCGGAGAUCACAUUUUGCAAACGACGAUCCCGUACCUUACUUCCCUAGAACUCGUCAGCACUGUUCAUGAAGUGUACCGUAACACUUACAAGGCAGAGGUAUUUCGCAACCUCGUACAACGCGUUUUCCAGUCUCUCACGGAGCUCACGUUCACCACCGUUGACUUUCUUUCCACUGAUGCGCUUCCCAUCCUUCGCAUGGCGCCGAACCUCUUGAGGUUAUCCAUCGUGGAGCAAAACAAGGUGCAAAUGCGUCUUGUUACGCCCAAUUUCAUCCAAGGGCUUUAUGAUCCAAGGAUGUUGCCAGAGUUGCGGCAUUUGCAGCUUGUCUGGUCGGGCAGCGUGAAUGAGGCCGCUGUUAUGGAUAUGGUUGAGCAUCGGGCGUUCGAGUCUGUUGUGAUAGGUGUGAGGAUGGGAGGCAAGCUCCAAGGGGAUACUUUGUCUAGAGUCGACGGUCUACGAGAACGAGGCAUAAUAAUAACACUCUGGUAGAGAAGAGCUUGGGAAUGUGUAUACACGUACGAGUUAACAUUGUGUAUGUCGUGAUAAUGAACAUGGAUUCACUGGGUGAUGAGAUACAGGCCCUGGCGUCUCGUACAACGUCGUGAAUGAGC